AUGAAGAUGGAAAAGUUUCCGAGGCAGUUGCAGGGAGAUGAAGCCCCGCUCCCGAAGGCUAGUGGCGCCGUCAGUUCCCCGUUGUUCUCAAACCAGCGAGAGCAUAUGAUGAGUGGAAGGCGGUUGCAGUCUCUUCCGACACGGACAGCCGGGGGAGGGUCACUACGUGCGGGCAAUGUCGUACCAGAUGGUUCGCCGUCGGGCGAUAGAUCCCGACGCCUGCCUAGUUUGAAAGAGGUGAAUCCAAUUGCGUUAUGGACACUCCCACAGAUGCUGUCGCGUGAUUGUCCGGCAUACGAAGACGGCGCACAGAAGUUCCCACAGCAAGUGGAUCAUGGUGUAUGGUCUUCACGCAAGGUGGAGGAGUCGGGGGGUUCCAUGGGAGAUUCUUCCUCGCCACAGAUGCGGCAAGCCGUUGUAUUUGUGGAGGGGUUGGACCGUGACCGCGCUGCUGCCGAGAGCGCAGGUAAUGGGGAACAAAAGGGAUGGCCUGCGGAGCCACCUCCCUCCAAUGCAGAGAAGCAAAAACCAAUCGCAACCAACCCUAACCCUAUGUUGAGUGUGGAGGAGUCGCGCCAGAGUUGCACAACAGAUUUAACCCCUCUCCCAUUAAAAUGUUUAGGCGGCACCUUUCAAUCUAUGAAUAGAGAGGUUGAGUGUUCCGCCGCGUCAUUAACGCGGUGUCAGUUAAACACGCCCCCAUUGUUGUCAAAGGCAGCUGUAGAGAAGAUGGCCGGCUUCAAACUGUCUUCCUUCACGCCGUGGCACAGUGAGAACGUGCCUAGCGACGCCGAGGCAAUGAGAUAUAAUUUGGGGAGGAAUAACAGCAAUGUCAAGCAUUUAACAAGUACGUUGGACGCCACGGAAGGGUCAUUGGCACGGUCACUGAUAAAUAAAACCGCCUCUGAUUCGGUCGCAAGCCCAUUGGGGCGACCUUACUCCGGGAAAGUGGCAGAAAGGGACGGGAGAUCCGACGUUUCCAUAUCACUGCAUGCACCCGAGCGUGAAGGGCGAAACCGACGCCUUAAGAAGGAUGCCCAAUCUCUCUUCUCAUUAGAGAUUCCCAGCUUUGAUGAAAAGACAGGAUCAUUGGGAAGUGAGUGCAUUUUUCCCCGAUCCCUCGCCGUGGAUGUCGCCAUUGAAAACGUCCUAAGCCAGGAACGUGGUGAGUUGCGGACCAAAGUAAGUGGUGUGGGUAUUCGCCGCUUUCUUACGGAGUUUCAGGAGAGCCGUGAGAUUAUUUACGUGUACUUUUGGUACAUAAUUGCUCACAUACGUCGUAUACAUGCAGAGAAAACGCUUAUUGGUCGUUACGUCAAUCUUGAGCGCGUCGUUCGCGGAGCGUUUCCUCGCUACAAGGCAGAUUUGCCACCCAUUAACCAACUGGAAUGGAUAUUGUUAAAAGGCGUUUACUCUUCAACACAGCUCAUGCAUGACUCGGCGACAAUGUUCCAGGAAGUGGUGGGGGAAGUGCCACCGUUUGUACCUGCCGUCUCCAAUUUGCCACCACACCCUGGUGGCAGCAUUACUGUCAGUGACGAUGGUGUACGUACUUCACACUCCCCCCAGCGUAGGAGGAAAAGCUAUCAACGCUCAUCUAGAACCAGUAUGAGUAACAGUGCCAUGGAGGUUGCCAGUGAAAAAUUGUUGCAAGACCCUAAUACUAUUUGGCGGUGUACUGACGCCAUAAAUGCCUUUAGAGUUAUACAACUGGAAGUAUAUGAACUUGCGGAGUUUGCGCAGCGUUGUUUUCAUCGUCUCGCGAUGUUAUUUGGUCGGGCGUUUGAACGUCUGGCAGAAGAAAAAGAUGAUGUUCUGGCUGCGUUUAUGUUUGUUGUGCCGCAUGUCGUUUAUUACGUCUUUGUGUACUGUUUUCCAAAUGACGUUGUGGCAGGACUUUUUAAUGCUUCCAUGCGGGUGAAUUUGUACCGCAUCUUUUACUUUUGGUGCAGUGGGCUGGUGGCUACGUACGUGCGGGUGAAUGGGUGGCCGCGGCCACCCGCUGCAGGGAAAGGCGUUCCUUUGAAGAACAUCGAACAAUACGCCGCAACGCCGUCGGUGUCCGAGUCUACGCUGGCGUUGGCAACCUUACUACCUCCAAAAUUGUCGGCCUCCCCGUCUGACGCGCGUGAGGAAUUGAAUUGUGAGACACUACCGCCGUUACUGGCAAAUUCCUCCAGCCCGCCGUCUUGCGUUGCGAUGAGUGGGGAACGCGUCGCGGCGGUGGACAAUGAUAAUAGCUUUGAGGAUGUGGACGUGGAGGUCGCGAAUGGGCAUCAUCGUCUCACGCUUGAGUUUAGGCGUUACGCGAAGCACGUCAACUACCUUUUGAGAGAGUUAGCAGAGCGAACGGAGGGCAUGCACCAAGAGUUGGCGUGUGCCGCAACCUCGCCGCCCCACACGGAGACGGAGAACAACUUUGUGAGAGAAGCGGCUGCGGUGGAGCGGACUGGUGAUCAGUACCCUGUAGCAGAGAAGAGAGCCUUUUUCCAGUACGCCACUGCACCACUGAGUGGAGGUCCCAUGAUGAGCAAGUUACGGGAUUCGUCUCAUUUCUCAAAAAUGCUGCCUUCUCUGGCGCCCCAUCAUCGUAAUAAUAUUGCCGCAGCCACGGCUGACAAUGUUGGGACGAAGUUGCCUGCCAUCCCGCCGACGUUCAGCUCUGCCAAGACAAGAAAGGCAACUUCAACCAACAGCGACUGUAUUCUCUCUGGAUUCCCGCUUGACCGCAUGGCGUCUCACGUGAAACAGUACAUCCUGCAUUCGACAGGGAAAUCCGUGGAAAAGGUUCCGCUUCCACCACUGGAUGGCGAUCUUUCAACAGAGGACACCCGCGGAAAGGAGUUGACGCCGUCAGUUGUAGACCGCAGCCCCACCUUACUGAGUUCGCGGACUGUGAAGAUGCCAUUGCCGUUUACCUCACCAUUCUUUCAAUAUUACGCAGGCGAGCGGCUCUGUGCAAAUGCCAAGGGGGCUAACAAGAAGGUUACCGCAAAGGUGACAACACAUGGCUCCUCCAAUUUCUUUUUUUCACCGCUUCCAUUGAACACCGCUGGAAGUUCUGAAGACAGCGUGAACUCUCACACGGCCGCAGCACCAACGUCUCUGACGGAACCUUUACCACUAACAACGACACGGAAACCGUCACUACCGCUGACGCAUGGUCUGAGCAAAAGCAAUAAUAAUAAUAAUAAUAAUAGCGGCAACACCAAGUCAUUGCCCUUGAUGUUUCCUCACAGCACACAGAAGGUGAUCAAUGUGAUGCUUAUUCCACUCUCCAAUACGCACCUGCGUCCGCUGCAGUUCAAAAACCUGACAAAAGAAGUGGCACGGAGACAGUUGGAAAUGGAAAGGAAAAUGGACCUCCUUUCUGAGCGCGAGCAGGUUCUCCGCCAGCAGUACAUUGCUGAAAUUCAGCAAGGCACUCGUCGUGUGCAUACGCUUCUUGCGGAGUGUCAGUCCGACCGCAUGGAAAUGGAGGCACAGCGUGGUUUGUCUAACGUGAAAAUGAAGAAGGGUUCUCUCAAAAAACGCAGGAAACAGACGCGUCUUGAAGCGAUCAACAGAUGA